CAUUUUGAACACCUCGGCCGCUUAUCUAAUUCUGCUGUUGACUAUAUAUGUAGUACGAAAUGAAAUAUGUAGUAUUUUCGGCUCUCGCUGUUGGUCUGUUAUACCUGUUUCUUCGCGUCCAUCCCGAUUCUAUUUUCACACUUUUACAUGCAUUUGAAGGAGCUGUUGUUAAGUCUAAGAUUAUUAAUAAAACCGGCCGAAUAUUGGACAUGAUAUUUGUCUCUUUUGCUAUCGAUAAACAGUCGAUAAUGGCGAUUGUUGUGAAAACCUGACGCAUCUGAUAACUUAUCACUCGCCACUUCAUACUCCCACUUUAGUUUUUCACCGUACGCCCUUUUAUUCACAGGGAUUUAUCUUUUUUUUUUCGAGAAAAAGUUGUAUUGUUGUAUUUCAUUAUUCAUCGGACUAAAGCGCCACAUCCCGCACUUUAACUAAUGCAUGCCGACUGCCGAACACUAAUAUAGUCAUGGCCAACCCGACUGACAAGCGCUUCCAUCAGCUGACGCUAGCAGUCCAAAAGGCGACCAACUCAGUAGAGACCCCCGUGAAAGAGAAACAUGUGCGCAGCGCCAUCAUCGGCACCUUUCAGGAGCAGAGCGCCGUCACCUACUGGAUGGUGGCGAUCCGUCUCCCGCUCCAAGACAACCGCAUCGUGGCAUGGAAGUUCUGUCACGUGACACACAAACUUCUCAGAGAAGGGCAUCCGGCAUGCCUUGAUGACUCGCAGAGGCACAUCGGCAUGAUACAGAACCUGGGGAAACUAUGGGUCCACUUACGCGAGGGCUACGGCCGCCUCGUGCACCUGUAUUGCUCGCUGCUGGUCUGCAAGCUGAAGUUCCACGCGCGCAACCCUCGGUUCCCCGGCAAUAUGCAGCUCACAGCCGACGAGCUGGACGCCAUCGCCGAGAACGACGUCAACAACUACUUCCAGUUAUGUGUCGAGUUGUUCGACUAUAUGGAUGAUAUAUUGAAUCUACAAGCAGCAGUUUUCGACAGCCUUGGCAACGCGCGUGCGAAUUCCAUGACCGCAAGCGGGCAAUGCCGGCUGGCCGCACUGAUCCCGUGCGCUCAGGACUCCUCGCAGAUCUACGACUGCAACGUGCGCCUGCUGUUCCGGCUGCACGCGUCGCUGCCGGCCGACACACUGGCCGGCCACCGCGAGAGAUUCCGGCAACAGUUCAAAAAGCUGAGCUCAUUCUACAAGCACGCGAGCAGCCUGCAGUAUUACCGCAAUUUGCUGACGCUACCCUUGCUGCCUUCUAACCCACCUAAUUUCCUUAUUCAGAGCGACUUCGGAACGUAUGUGACGCCGGUGGUCUCAAUUCCGGAGCCCCCGCCAGACGAGGUUGACGCCGUAGGCUCGCUUAUCGACACCUCCGAUACCUUCAGUUUGGCUACGACCCCGGACAAUAGCGAUGUGAUGGACACCCGGACCACUCCGUCGCCGCAGCCCGACCCUGUGGUGGAGCGAGACAGGCUAAUCGACCAUUUGCAAAACGAGCUUAAAAGGAUGCGAUUAGAGGUAUCACAAAUGGUACAAGACCGGAAUACAAUGAUGGCAUCCAUGCGUGAACACUGCUCGAAGCUAGAGGCGCAAAUACACACCACAAAGACUGAAUUAGAAGAAGAAAGACAAAAGGCUGAAAUUUUAGCAGCAGAAACCCCAGAAAUUAAACAAAAAUUAACACAGACUGAAGAGAAAGCGAAAAUACAAGACGAGAAAUUCCAGAAGUUAAAAGGAGCUUACACACAGCUACGAGAAGAACAUAUCACACUUAUCAGACAGAAAGCCGAAGUCGAUAAGACAGCGGCCAGCUUAAGGGCAGCAGCGGCGCAGCACGAGAGCGCCAAGACCGCCUUGCAGCAGCAACUCAACGACAGGAUGAAAGACGUAGAAUUACUCCAGCAAAGCGCAUCAUCAAGUGAAGAAAUCGAUGCUUAUAAAACGCAAAUAGCUAACCUUCGAACCGAACUUGAACAGGUCAGAGAAAAGGAAGCAGAACUAGAAACCGUUAAGGCUUCCAUGGAAGCAUUAGACAUAGAGCAUAAAACGACAACCACGGUUCAGCAGGAAAAACUAACAGCGCUAGAAAACGAAUUAAAAGAAGUCAUGGAAAAUUUAGAAAAUAUGAAAAAAGAAAGUGAAGAAAAAGAGAUAGCGUUAGCAAAAGUAAAGGAAGAGUUGGUAGGGCUUAGGGAGAAGAGUGGAGAUGAGUAUAAAAAAGUGGUGGAAGAACGAGAAGCUGCGCUGAAGCAGGUUGCGGAGUUGACUCAACAGCAUCAGCAGGAGAAACAGGAGCAAGAAGAUUUAGUUAGCAAUUUGAAAACCGAUCUUGAAAACGCCCAGCAAAAAAUACUAGAAACAGAAUCAAAUUAUAAAAGUUACAUCCUAAAGUUAAAUGAUGAAUUAGAUGCGAAAAAUAACGAACAUGAAAAUCUUAUUAAGAGACGUGACGAAGAAUUAAGAGAAACGCUUGAGAAAUUAGUCAAACUAGAUCAAGAUAAAACCGAUGCCGUAGAAGAACUAAAACAACAACUUGAAAGCAUAAUCACGGAGAAAGAUUCGAAAAUACACGAAAUACAGAAAGAGCUUGAGGAAAAACAAAAUAGCAUAGGAGAACAAAAUAAUGAAUGCAAUGCAAUGAAGAAUACUAUUUCUGAGCUGGAAAUGAGAAUAGAACAUACAACUAAGGAGCGAGAAGAAGUACAAUCAAAAUUAGAUAAUGUUAUUUUAGACUUAGAAAAAGAAAAAACAGGAUAUGAAUCUAAAUUGAAAGAAAAACAAAGACAGAUACAGACAUUGAAAGAUGAAUACAAACAACUAGUACAGAGCACGGAAGAAAUUAUAACAGGUUUAAAAUCUCAGAUAGCCGAAAAAGAUGAACAAGUAAUAUCUUUUGACAUUGAAGUGAAUAAUCUUAAAGAUAACGUUUCCAAGCUUGAAGAAGAGUUAAAUGAGACCCAAGCUGAACUAGAGAUUGGUAAAAAUGAGCUACUACAUAUAAGAGAGGAACACGACGCUUUUGUAGAACGGAACGAAAAUAAUUUAACUUUAAAGAAUGAAGAGUUGAGGAGUCUUCACGAUGCAAUUAAUAAGCUGAAGAACGAAUAUGAAGUAUUAACGAAAGAAAAACAAAUACAAAGAGACGAUUUCGAAUUAGUGAAACAGGAAUUCGAAAAUAAAAAAGAAGAAUUAGAACAGGAGUAUUCAAAAUUGCGUAAAGAUUAUGAAAGUAUGCAAACGGAAACGGAUUCAAUAAUUGGUAAGCUUAAUGAUGAAAUAGUCAAUCUGAAAAUACAAAAUAGCCACAUACAGGAUAGUAAGGAUGACGAAAUAAAAUCUCUAUACGAAAAACUUCAACACCAGGAAAGUGAUUUCGCAUCACAAAUUUCUGAGAAAGAUAACACAAUUCUAGAAAUAAACAAAAAUAUUGAACAAUUGAAGGCUCAGUUAAAGGAAUUGCAGACACUUAAAGCAAAGGAGAAGGAAGAUGCGGAUCUUUUGUUGUCAGAGAAAGAAAGCAAUGCUAAGUUGUUGGAAGUAAGGCUCGGCCACACGGAGCGGGAGAGACUGAGCGCGGAGUGUGAGUUGCAGGAUCUGCUGCAACACAACACGGUGUUGGAGGCGGACUUGACCGCGGCGAGGAUACAGCUGCAGGAGGCGCAGGCGGAGCUGGAGAAACAACGACUAAAGCUAGUGACGAUAGCAAGCGCCGCGGCGUUGGAUGUUACCAGUGGAGCGCUCGAACGAGUAACUGCACAAGAUUCCAACCGCGCCGCCGCUGAACUCGCCGCUGAGGCUCUAAAGGAAUUGGCCAGCACCACAGAGAUCAAAGGUCAUGAAGAAACUCUGGCGCGCUCGGCUAUCUUCGCCGCGCAUAAUGCAGCGCAACUUUCAGCGUACGUAACAGAAGUAUCCAAUCUCUCUACCGACAUCGAGCUUACAGACAAACUAAACACCGAAUGCCGCCUAAUGUUAUCAGCAACGGCUGACUGUCUCACGCAUCUCUCCCGUGGCGAGUUGGAAGCGCCGUACGGUGAUGCACGUAGCCGCAUCAGCACCGUGGCCGCUGCCGCCGCCGCUGCCGACCGCGCUAAUACUGGAGCUCGAAGUGUGGACGACGAGCUGGCCGACAUGGACAAGGCCAUCGAGCUGGCUGCGGGACAGAUCGAGGAGAUGCUCGCGGCAAGCCGCGCGGGCGACUCGGGCGUCAAGCUCGAAGUGAACGGCAAAAUCCUCGACGCGUGCACCACGCUCAUGGCCGCCGUCAAAGCUCUAGUCCAGGACGCCAGGGAACUGCAGGCCGAGCUCGGAGACCCUGGUACCAGGCUGAAGAUGUACCGGCGCAAUCCUCAGUGGUCGGAGGGACUCAUAUCCGCCGCCAAGGCGGUUGUGUUCGCUGCUAAACUCCUCGUGAGCUCGGCGGACGAGGCGGUGAACGCCGGCGGGCGCGUGGAGGGCGUGUCGGGCGCGGCGCACGAGGUGGCGGCCAGCACGGCGCAGCUGACGGCCGCCUCGCGCGCGCGCGCCGCGCCCGGCUCCGGCGCGCUGCAGCGCCUCACGCGGGCCUCGCGCGCCGUCGCCGCCGCCACCGGGGCUGUGGUCGCUGCGGCCAGAGACACCUCCAGAACGCUUCACGAUCAAGAAGCCCUCGACACAUCAGCGUUAACGCUCACUGCAACGCGGAUCCUCGAAAUGGAGAGCAAAGUCCGCUCGUUGGAGUUAGAGAGCGCUCUAGAGGCGGAACGAGCGAAGCUGUCCGCGCUCCGAACGAGGCACUACCAGCUCGCACAGAUGCAGGAGAACGGCGGCCUUACAAAUGGACAAGAGUGAAGAACAUUACGACGAAAUUCAACCCUCCGCUGCCCUCGACGUUUUGCACGCAUUUACCAAUAACAACGUAUUUUUCAGUAUUUUCACUGCACCGUCGACUAUUUAAUCAUUGCAUUUUUCUUGAAUGGCAUUUGUUUUUUGCUAUACAACGAAGCUUUUACAUAUAUUUGUGAGUAUUGUGACAGAUGAGAGAAUCAUGUCUUCCCUAAGGAGGCUCAAUGGUAAAUAUCGAUACCUAUGGCUGAAAUAUCAUAUGAAUUGUACUGUAGCCAGAUAUAGCCAUACAUCAUAACGUCCUAAGGCCCAUCAUAUAAAAAUAGUAGCAGUCAAUAAGUUGAAUUUAUUUCGUAUUAAAAUUGAAAGACACAAAAGGAAUGAAACUAGGUAUGUUCCCAUUGAAAGUGGUUUCAAUUUUAUUGAAGUAAUUAGCAUAGGUAGGAUCGUGGGCCUUGAGAAAUAGAUGUUCGAAAACUAUAAGUUGUCAGUGAAACAUGCUGUCCUUUUUAUUUAAAAAUCUGAACGGGCAACGAGCUUAACCUUUUUGCUGUCAGCCUCUCACUUUUUUAUCAUCUUUUAUACAGACAUUGGCAUUAGAAAGAUUAAGCUCAUUCCCUGAAUAUAUUUUAUUAAAGUAUUAACUAAAUUGUUUUGAAUAUGGAAACUAACGCAUUUAUUGGCUAUGUGUACAACUGCAGCGCUCGCUUGCUGAUUAUGGGCUAUUGGUGGUUGAUGGCAGAGUGUAAAAUAUAUUUUUAACAUAUUUGUCACGGCGAUCGGAUCAGCUAUAGUUAUUUUUUUAGAUUUUGCACCAUUCCGCAGUUGUAGAUAGCCAAUAUUGCAUUUAUGACAACGAAUUAGAGGUCGUAUUAUUAAAAUGACAAUUUAUUUACAUGCAUUAAAAUAAAAAAUAAAAAAUUAAUUAUUAAUUUUUAAAUUUUAUCUGUGUAUUGGUGAGACUAGUCUAAAUUUGAGUUAUUUCUAAAUGAAAUAAACAUCUAAAUUUGAUCAUAACGUGUAGUGUGUAACCCCCUUAUUCAUAAACGUGUACUAAAGUAACGAUGCCGCUGAUAAUCGUUUGUCCCUUUCCAUCAUACCAAUACGUCGGAAAGGGACAAACGAUUAUUAGCGGCAUCGUAACUUUAGUAGACGUUUAUGAAUAAGGGGGGUAAGUGUAUAGAUAAUCUAUGUCGCUAGAAACCCAUUAGGCUAACACGCCUUUAACUGUUCCCAGCGUAAUCAACCUACCGCCCAUUACUAUAGUGUCAUUUUCUUAUGUCACUUCAUUGAGUAAUUGAAGCUCUGCUCACGAGUUCUCAUUAUGAAGCCUUUGAUAAAAAUGAUGAAUCGUUUACGCAUGUUAUUCGUUUCCUCGUAGAUGAGUUAACAAAACAAGCCAUUCAAAUAUGAACGUUCUUGUCUAUGCUAGAAGAUUCCAAUUGCAACAACUAAUUGUAAAUUAUGUUCUUGUAAUUUUUUUAUGUAUUGUAUAGAGGUAUAGUAUGUAACCUACUUACGUUUAGGAUCCACUGUUGUCUCUUAUGAAUACGUUAAACCCGUAUAGUUAUAAGUAUUAAACGUAAAUCUACUCUCAAUUAAUGAAAUGGAAAUGACAGUAAAACAAUAAGAUCACUAAUCGGUAGCUGUAACUCGUAAUUUUUAUAAGUCCUUUUGGAUGUCUAAAUCGGUUGAAGUCUAGAUCCUUUGUAUUAAUUUAUAGCUUACAUUUUGAUGUUUAAUAAUAAACUGUACACAAUA